ACUACAUAUAAACACACUUGUUUAGAGGUCUCUGAUAGGUAUGUAAAGAUCAAACAAUGUCUUUGUACGAACUUCAGAACGUAGCAAACGUCGGGUCCGGUUCUAUUGGCUCUGGAGAUGCGAGCCUGUUCAAGGAAAGCGAUCGUGUCUGCGAAGUGUGCUACAAAGGAAAGGGGGUAUACAGCUGCCCAAAAUGUCACCUGCGAUACUGUGCUCUGAGCUGCUACCGUGAUAUGAAGCAUAUGCGUUGCUAUGAAGACUUCUAUAAGGAUCUGGUGCAUGAAGAACUUGGUCGGAGAGAAGUCUCCAGAGACGAGCGUGAGGAAAUUCUGGCGAUGGUGGAGCGCGCCCAGCACCAAACGCCAACCAAUCAGGAUGGGGAUAUAGCAAAUUUGAAUAUUUUAGCGGAUCAGAAUGGGGUAAAUUCUAGCUAUGGCACUGAGUCGAUGGAUGGAGAUAGCGACGAUGAUGCAACUGCAAUCAUGGAGCGGCUCGCGGGUAUCGACCUAGACGACGACGAGGCCGCGGAGGCCAUAUGGCAAUCAUUCACCGCAAAGGAGAAGAAGGACUUUGAAGCCAGCAUAGCAGAUGGUCGCAUGGGUAAUAUGCUGACGCUGUGGGUGGCCUGGUGGGAUAUGGAAGAGCCGAACAUAUACGUACCUGACUGUAUACCGGAAUUCUGCGCUCUCUCCCGGUCGCGACCGGCGACAUCGAGGGUGAGGGCACCAGGCAGCGCUACACACAUUGGCAAACGACCGCAACACUCACAACUUGCGCAGGCAUCCGCACUUCAGUACAACCUACUGGAUAUGGUUCUCGCACUCGUAUACACACUGAGAAGCUUCAAUGGCGAUUUGUCCAGUACGAGGGCAUACAUGUGCUUAUUGGAGAUGUGUGCGGUGUUGAGCGACUCCGCUGUUCAUGAGAGUGCGUCUCAGGCGGUGCAGUCAUUUUUACAGAGGGCUACGGACAGACUCGCCUGCAGAUCGACUCCAACCUGGGAUGCUGCGCGUGUAUUGGGCGAUGUGGAGACACUGUUGAGACUCUCGCACGAGUGCCUGGUGGUAGCACUCGCCGAUCUUCACUUCUGGCUGGUGAUGUACGACCCUGCGCAGGACUCUGAAGUAGCUGAUCCCCAAUAUACAAUAGAAACACACUCCAACCAUGACGAUCGCAAACGGAAGGCGAGGAAGCGACAGCAUGCCAACCACGCGCGCAAAGCCUGGUUCUAUCUAGCCUGGAUUAACGAUCCUCUCGCGGGGGGGUCUACGACGAGACGCCAGAACAUUGCAGCGUGUACGCAGGUGGUGAAGGAUGAACGAUCCCACUUAGAGGCACUACAGUCGGAGGUGGCCGGCGUGGAUGCCGCACGGUUCAAAGACGGGUCAACAAGCUUGGUAUGUUUAGAGGGGAAUGGGGGUCUACGGGAGCAUCGAGCUCAACAAGGAAAUACGGUUCAUCUAAAUAGCAAUCCAGCGCGCACUAGUAGAGAGAAAGUACAAACUUCAGCGGGCCACAGUAGGCUGGCAAGCGCCGCAGAGGGUCGCCAUUUGGCAAAACCAAGAUAUUUUGAUACGAGAAGCGAACUACGAGCCGAUGAUGCGGUAGACGGUGGCGAAUCGCUUACCACACAGAGCACGUCGGACAUUGACAGUGAAGUCACGGGAAAGGACACAAUAACACCGACUGUAGGUAGAAAUCAGCCCAGCCAACCACAGAUCGAAGAUGGUAGUAGGAAUGUCCGUAGGCCCAUGAUCGUCGAGCUCGAUGAGGACCACAGUGAAGCAGUAGGGUUGGACAGAAGGAAUACAUCGGGCGAUACGGCUGUAAACCCUAUGAUGGCGGAGCUGGGUGAUAAAAAUAGAACACGUAGUGCCUUUGCGAAACGGCGCGAAGAAAGGGAAGAACGUGCCUGGAAGGAAGGGCGGCGGAAGGCUUUACCCAAACUGACGGAGAUAAGCGCCCGCAUGAUGGGAAUACGAUAGCAGAACAUUAACUCUGUUGGCGUAUGAGGUUUUAUUUCGACCUAUGUUUCAUCUGAGCUCGUCUCGUGGCGAGAUGCAGUUAAUUCGGGCCCUAUCUGCCCAAAGACAUAACCUUUGGCUAGCUCGUAGGCUCACUGCGAAUACGCUAUGCAUAGCACAUCCGGUCCCUGUGCGGAAGAGUUCCGCCUGCUCCGUCCUGGCUUCCUACUUCCGAGUGUCUAUGAUACUCCCUGAUGAACGUAGAAUCAAAUAACAAAUUGUAGCAUAGCUUCAACAUCUCUCCCAGGGUCAGGCCCAGAGGAAGCGGCGUUAGGGACGCAAAAGAAGUGUGCGUCUCCAGCUGUCGUAGUGAACGAAGAGCAAUCACAAUGACAACAAUAACAUGGGUUAUUGUAUGCAAUAGAUGCUAUCAAGUGCAGAUAACUUGCACACAACUAGAAUGGCUAGAUAACGAACAUUAAACACGUAGUAUUAAUUGUAGCUAUCGUUGAUCAGACGGCAACUAGGCUACUAUACUAAAAACAUACCUAGAAAGGCUACUACAUCAUGUUCAUAGCUCCGAAUUUCUAAACACCAUAAAU